AUGGCCUCCGUCUUUGCUGACUUCAAGGCGGCUCACGUCCUUCAGUCGGGACCCAUCCUGGCCGCUGCUCUCACCCCAGCCGCCACACCAGAAGAUUCCCAUCGCUUACUAGACUUUGUCCGCGUCACAAACAGCGCCAACUCCGAGGGUGAUAUCCGCCAUCAUCUUCUCUACGACAGACAGACAGGCGUGAAAUUAACCAAACAGCAAGGAAAUGCCUGGGUCAGCGUCGUCAACGCCUUCUGGGUUACUGCUGCAGAGCUUGUCAAAAUUGAAGAAUACUCCCCACGGGGUAGUUGGUUGAAGGUGUUUGAGGCGUGGAAGGAAUUCGUGAAUCAACUUAUUAGAGGUUAUUCCAAUAAUCAAUUCCCAUCGUGGACGAUACCCUGUCUAUACGUUGCGGGAAAGUAUCUUCGCGCUUUUGCCAUCAAGGCGGAUGCAUCUGAUGCAUCCCAGAAUACGCCUGGUUUUGGCAAUGGAUUCCAGGAUGAUGUGGUCUCUAAUGCGGACAAGAAUGCCAAUCUUGAGGAUGCGGCGAGGACUAUCAACCGGAUGUUUACGCUGUGUCUGGGUGACCGAGCGCCUAUUGAGGAGUCACGGAAAUGGGGUAUCUACGAGACCACCAACCUUUUAUUCAAGACAUACUUCAAGUUGAACCAAGUUGGGCUAUCGAAAAGCGUCCUCCGUGCUCUGCAUGCGUCAUCAGCAGACAUUCCAGAACCUUUUCAAUUCCCCAAAUCUCACAUUGUGACAUUCAACUAUUAUGUUGGACUCAUUAACUUCUUGGAGGAAAAUUACAAGGAGGCCGAAGAACACCUUACACAGGCAUGGCUCAUGUGCAAAACAGACGCAUUGAAGAAUAAAGAAUUAAUCCUAACGUAUCUCAUCCCCUGCAAUCUCGUCACUACCCACCGCCUCCCCAGCAAACAACUUCUAGCCCCCUUUCCACGCCUAGAACGCCUCCUCCGUCCUUUAUGCGACUGCAUUCGACAAGGCAACCUCGGCGGCUUUGAUGCCGCCAUGUCUGCCGGCGCAGACGAAUUCGUUAAACGACGUAUUUACCUGCCACUCGAAAGAGGCCGUGAUCUUGCUUUGCGCAACCUGUUUCGGAAAGUUUUCAUUGCUGGCGGGUUUGAGCCUGCUGCAGCAAAUGCAGAUUCAGUGCCAAUCCGUAGAACGCGUAUUCCGUUGACGGAGUUUGCGGCUGCGUUGAGGAUUGGGAAUCAAGCCGAUGAGAAGGUGCGCAUUGAUAUGGAUGAGGUGGAGUGUUUGUUGGCCAAUAUGAUUUACAAGAAUAUGAUGAAGGGUUAUAUUUCGCGAGAACGUGCUACAGUUGUACUGAGCAAGUCUGGCGCGUUUCCUGGAACAGGGGUGUGA